AUGCAUCCUCACUACGUUGUCGCAUUCUUUGCUCUACUUGUUCCUCUUGUCACCGCUGUUCCUGGCGCUUGGAACCCUGUAAACAUUAGCGACCCAUCUGUGAUAGAGCUCGGAAAGUGGAGUGUUUCGGAGUACAACAAGAAUGCCACAAAAAAGUUAGUAUUUGAGAAACUGGUUUCGGGUGAAUCCGUAUUUCUAUCAGGCAGUCUCUAUGCGCUUGUUCUUGCGGCUAAGAAUGAAUCAUUGGCUAAUCCCGCUGAAAACUACUUAGCUGGUGUCUGGGUGCAAUGGUGGCAACAAGUGAAAUUGACAGCCUUUAAAUACAAAGGCCAUGAGAACUAA